AUGCCCGUGCGAUUGCUACCGAAAUCGGCAGAGGCCUUCGCGCCACGCUCGGCACCAGAGAUCGUCCUGAACACCGAAGUCCCCUGUUGGUUGACAAAGACAUUGAAGCGCGUCAGCGGGACCAAGCGGUCUUUCAACAGCGUUUCCCAGCGCUCUCAGUAUCUAAAACAGACCUUGGGAGCCUCCAAAGCUAUCUGGACCUUGUGCUCCCUAUUGCUGCUCAAGGCGCCAGACGCCGACCUUCGCAAGAACUGCGAUGCCCUGGUAGAAGCGCUCCAUAACUACCAAUUCCUGCAUGUCGAAGCUUACGUGGUCCACGUCGACAUGGUUUCUGCACAAGAGGUGGCUUUCAAGCUGACGCCGGAAACCAUCGAACGAUUAAUUGAGUAUCAUGCAGACAUCUACUCCGUCGAUGCGAGCGCAGAUACGCCCGAGUGGCCAGGGAAAGAAUCACAGGUCAAGAGCAUGCAGGACGAUUUCAGACAAUCCGUGAACCAGUUCGUUCUUUGUACACGCGUGAGCGCUCUCGAAGGGAUGGAGAAGGAUGGCUCCGGCGAGCUGAUCCAGGACUCGAAAAAGGCCAAACGUGCCAUAAUGGAGCUCUUCUUGCCCCUCGUCGACCCUCGACCAUCGUACCGUCUAGCAUCACCCUUACGAAGCAAGUCGAUACUGUGUGAAGAACCCAGAGUGGAAAAUACGGACCGCCGUGACGAUGAUACCGAGCUCGGAUCUCUCGCGCAACACAAUCCAUCACUAUACGACCCCUGGUGCUCUCUCCCCCUGUACUUUUCGCGACAUCACUACGACAUGUGUCCCAUUCAAAAUCCUCCGCCGAUAUGGUACGAACUUGUCAACCCGACUAUGCCUGCAGAACCGGAACGACAGAUUGGUGAAUGCGCCUGUUGA